AUGGAGUCUCCUGGGGGCUUGGAGGGCCAGGUCUCUGCCCUGCAGGGCACCCUCCGCCUGCUGGUGGGGCUGCUGGUGCCCUGCCUGCUGCUGCUCUCCCUCCUCAGCACUUUGCUCCUGGUGCGCUGGAGGCUGUGUCGAAGGGUUGGGGACCAGAGGGCCCUGCAGUGCCCCCCAACUUCCCCCGGGCUCUUCCGGUUGGCCCCAAAGGGUGCUGUGCUCGGGCAUGAUCCUGGGAGCGGGACAGCUCAGCGGCAGCCCCUGCAGCCUGGGGGUGCAGCCGAGAGAGUUUUUGCUGGCCCGCCGGCCCCAUGCUGCAGCCAGAGGGCCGCCCUCUCCUAUGUCCCCAGAGCCAGCCCUCGCUUCUUCAGGCAAGACAGAGGGGCAGUGCUGGGAACGGGCUCCUCCUCCACCGACUUAGAAAAGCACCCUGCCUUGGUUCCCCCUAACUCUCCCGUUACCACCUCAGGCACCGGGGGCGUCCUGGAGAGAGUCUUCUCUGGGUGCCACACCAGCACCCAGAAGAGGCCUCGUAGCUGCAGCAGGUUGGCAUCGGCCAUCCGUUCAAGCACAGGGCCUUUUGAGUUUGGCAGCAGCAUCCGACCCGGGGACAAGAGGACUCACCUCAACUCUGCCAACUUCACGGCUUCCCAAGGGCCUGGCCUUGACUCGGACUUUGGAGCCAGCGCUGGCGUUUCUGUUCGGAUCUUGUCAACAGACAGUGAAGGAAGCCCCAACACACCCAUUUUGCUUCAUCAACAAGCCGAGCUGUUUGAGUGGGACUACUAUGACCCAAGCUACAAAAAGAAAGUUCAGCUCCGUCAUCCACUGCCUCCCAUCUGCAGCAAGCAAUACUGGCUGUAA